AUACAUUUUUUUAAUUAUUAUUAUUAUUAUUAUAUUAUAUUAUAUUAUUAAUAACUAUUACUACGAUUAUAAAAUCUAGUAGUUAAAACUGUUUUAUUACAUGUAAAUUACUUAUCUGUUAAGUAUAAAGUAGUUAAAAAAAAAAGAAAAAAAAAAAAAAUUAUUAUUAAUUAGAUAAUUUUAAAAAAAUAUAAAGACCAAUAGUAAAAUUACUUUGAAUUUUGUUAAUAUUUUUUUUCUUACUACAAAAACGCUUAAAUGUGACCUACUUAUUAUGUAGCAAAUCAAGCAAAUAUCGUUUGUUUGAUCAAUAGAACAAUGUCCUCGUAACUCCUUUGAUGCUACUGUAUAAUAUUUAAAAUAAUUAAUAUUUAAAGACAAAACAAAUAAUGUGUCUGUGCCUUGGUCCCGCAAAGUCUGGAAAAACUUUGCUGAUGAAAAGAUUGCAAGGUGAUGAAAAAAUAGACGAUGCAUCUCAUACUGUUCCGACAAAUGGAGUUAAUUUGUUUACAAUAAAAAGUAAAGAUGGACAUUUUGAUAUUAUUGUUAGAGAAAUUGGCGGCAGUAUGGCACCCAUUUGGCAUCGUUAUUUUGACAGGGUACAUAAAAUAAUUUAUGUAGUAGACGCAAGUAAUUUAUGUCAAAUAAGUGCUGCUGGUGUACUUUUAUAUUCAUUGCUUGUGGAACCAAAGCUUCAGCACGUUAAAAUUUGUUUUGUACUUGGCAAAAUGGAUUUAUCAUAUCGACAAAUGCGCAAUGAGGCAUUGUUAAUGCUACAUUUUAAUCGUUUAAAAUGUGAGGUGAGUCAGAAGAUAACGGUAAUCGAAGCUAGUGGAAUGACUGGUCAAGGUAUUGAGCUUUUACGCGACUGGAUAUUUGAUCCAGAGACACUAAAAGCCGUUGGAUCAACUGGUAACGCUGCAGCUGCGGCUGCUGCGGACAAUGCCAACGUUAUUCCCCCAAAAAAAUAAUUAUUUUAUAGUCUUACAUUAUCUAUUAAUAAUAAAUUAUAUGCUCAAUUAUCUAAUUAAUUUUUUAUUUUUUACAGUUUAACUUAUGAAAAGGUAUAAAGCUAAUAGUAGUAUACCUUUGUACAAACUU